UUCCAGCAGCAGCAGCAGAUCUGCGAGCUCGCGUCCUCCUCCAUUGGGAAGCUCGAGCGCCGCUGAGGAAGAAAACAGACCGCCUUUCGUCCCGGUAAACCUUUCCCUGGUCGCCUCUGGCAGCUGAUGGAGCCGUAGGGUCGAGCUCAGACAUGCGCACUGCUGCUGCUGGCGGAGCUUCGCCAAGCUCUGGCUUGUGAUCCACCGGGACCGAGAGCCUCCGUUAGCCGCUAACAGAGGAAACUUCAGCCGGGACCGAAGACCCACGGAGCUCCGCGUUUCCACACCGCCGGGAAUCCUGCGUCUCCACCGGGAGCUCCAGCCUUCGGUCGAGCGCGGGAACACGUGAAAUUAGCGCUUUGUUUACCGCUUGCACAAUUCCAGCAUUGAUCGGGCAGAAAUGCGAUUAGAGAGUGGCUUUGUGAGGGCAGGCCAUGAACUCCAGCACAUCAGGCCUGUCGACUAGAGAUCUGCUUACAUAAAGCGCUCGUCCUCCCGUUAAAACCGUUACCGGGCAGCCGCCGCCGCCGUUACCGGUCAUGUGUAGCCUGAGGUCGGGCUCCAGGAUCGGCUGAAGACUCUCGGGAUUGUAACGGUCGCUCUGCUAUUCGGUGCGGCAUCGAAAACGCGCACAAACGCAGGAGUGAAAGAUGUCGAGCGCGAAGGAAAACACGUGUAGGAAAUUUCAGGCGAACAUUUUCAACAAAAGCAAGUGUCAGAACUGCUUCAAGCCGCGAGAGCUGCAUCUGCUGACGGAUCAGGAUCUCAAUCAGGCCAAGCCGAUCUAUGGUGGAUGGCUGUGUUUGGCUCCAGAGGGGACGGAUUUUGACAACCCCAUGCAGAGAUCACGGAAAUGGCAGCGGCGAUUCUUCGUCCUGUAUGAACACGGCUGCUUACGCUUCGCACUGGAUGAAUCGCCCAGCACGCUGCCGCAGGGAACGGUGAACAUGAACCAGUGCACAGACGUGGUGGAUGCGGAGCCGCGGACGGGUCAGAAGAACGCACUGUGCAUCGUGACGCCCGAGCAGGAGUAUUUCAUCCGCGGAGACAACAAAGAGAUCAUCAACGGGUGGAGUGAGCAGCUGGCUGUGUAUCCCAGAACCAACAAGCAGAACCAGAAGAAGAAGCGCAAGGUGGAGCCGGCCACCUCACAGGAGCCGGGUCCAGCUAAGGUGGCGGUAACGGGCGCCGGCAUCCCUGACGCAGAGAAAACUCCAGACUCCAGCUCCAUCAUCUGGCAGGAGGAGCUGCAGAGCAGAGAAGCAGACGCCGCUCACACUUGGACCAGCGAGAUUCCUCCUGUCGGCUCACCGCUGCCCUCUACAGGCGAGGGCUCGGCGGUGAGCUCAGUGAAUGGGGAUGAGGUUGACCGAUGUGGACUCUCUUUCCACUCGCCAGUCUCUCAGGCUCCUAUAGACCCGCUGUCCCCCACAGGCAGCAGCUCCAGCAGGCAGAGUGCAGAGACAGGCGGGGUUCCUCGCUGCCUGUCCCCAGCCCCCAGCGACCCCUUCCCCUCAGGCAGCAGCCUCCUGUCCAAUGGCUCACACAUCAGCGGCUCUAUGAGCUCUCUGGACUCGGAGGCUAGUGGCAGCACAGUCACGAGCAGCGACAGCCACCCGCCGGAGCCCCGGGCCCUCAAACGCAGCCGCCUGCGAAGCCCACAGACCCGGGAGCGGGAGCCAGUGCUGAGCCCAGAGAGAAGCGGCCGCUCGAAUGUAAUCGAGAAGCUGGAGGCGCUGGAGCUGGAGCAGCAGGAGCGGAUGGAGGUUCAGGAGUCCAGCGGCGCUGAGAUCCGACAGGGGCGGAGCCAGAACAGGAGAUUCCAGCGGCAGGAGCAGAAGACAGACGCAGCUCAGCCUUUAGACUUCCAUCCUCCGCUGAGAAGAGCCAAAUCUCUGGACCGCAGGACCACUGAGUCCGUCAUGACCCCUGAUCUGCUGAACUUUAAGAAAGGCUGGAUGGUGAAGCUGGAUGAAGAAGGACAGUGGAAGAAGUAUUGGUUUGUGCUGACAGAUCACAGUCUGCGAUACUACAAGGACUCCAUCGCUGAAGAGGCGUCGGAUCUGGAUGGAGAGAUUGACCUCAGCACAUGCUAUAAUGUUACGGAGUAUCAGGCGCAGCGCAACUACGGCUUCCAGAUUUACACUCAGGAGGCGGUACACACACUCUCCGCCAUGACGGCAGGAAUCCGCCGUAACUGGAUCCAGGCAGUGAUGAAGAAUGUCCGUCCGGCCACUGCUCCAGAUGUAGCCAGCCUGACUGAUGAGCAUGGGUCGUUUGAGGGUGUUUGUCGACCUGACGUGACGCAGGACUCUCCGUCCUCUGAGGCAUCUGUGGAGCGGGAAACAGGAGCCAAAAAAAGCCGUGCGCGGGAACGCAGGCGAGAGGGGCGGAGCAAAACCUUCGACUGGGCGGAGUUUCGUCCCAUCGCUCAGGCAUUGGCUCAGCAGAGAGCGCAGGAGGCGGAGAUCACAGAGCGCAGCAAGAGGAGGGAGGAGCGAAGGCGGCGGUAUGAGAGCGUUACCGGGGCAUCCUUUGAUCCCGCAUUGAUGGAGCAAGAGUCGGGGGGCGUGGCCCAGACUGAAGCUCCACCCCCGUCGGCUGAGUGGCAGCAGCGGGUGGAGGAUGAGAUCGAGCAGCGCUGGCAGCAGGUGGAGAAAACACCAAUCAGAGAUGAGCGCAGGGUUCCGUUAGGCUCCACCCACAGCAGAGACACCACAGACAUGGAGAAGCUGCUGGAGGGAUACAAGAGAGGGGUGGAGGAGCUCAAGGCUCAGCUGGAGAACUGCCACCAUCAGCUUCUGGACUCCAAUCGGCACAAGCAGGAUCUGGAGGGAAAACUAAAGACGGCGAUGGAGCGCGAGCAGCAGACGCGAGCCGGAUACAUCUCUCCGCUGGAGUCCCCUUUGAGUGUUGAGACAGAGCCGCAGAUGAAGAGGACUGAACUGGCCACAUGUGAGCGAGGUUUCGCCGCUAUGGAGGAGUCGCACCAGAAGGUGAUCGAGGAGCUGCAGAAGAAACACCAGAGAGAGCUGGAGAAACUGCAGGAGGAGAAGGAGAGACUGCUGGAGGAGGAAACAGCUGCUACCAUCGCCGCUAUCGAGGCGAUGAAGAACGCGCACCGCUCGGAGCUGGAGCGAGAGCUGGAGAAAGCACGCAAAGCCACCAGCAGCACAGAGAACGCAGACAUCGAGGAGAUCCACAAACAGCACGAAGAGGAGCUGGUGUCGUAUCAGCGGGAGAUCGAGGUGCUGUCGGAGCAGUAUUCUCAGAAGUGUCUGGAGAACGCUCAUCUGGCUCAGGCGCUGGAGGCCGAGCGGCAGGCACUCAGACAGUGCCAGAGGGAGAACCAGGAGCUCAACGCACACAACCAGGAGCUCAACAAUCGUCUGGCUGCAGAGAUCACCAAGAUGCGCUCAAUGGUAACUGAAGACGGAGCGGACGCUGGAGGACCGAUUCAGGGGAAGGAGCUGUACGAGCUGGAGGUGAUGCUGAGGGUGAAGGAGUCAGAAGUGCAGUAUUUGAAGCAGGAGAUCAACUCUCUGAAAGAUGAGCUCCAGACGGCACAGAGAGAUAAAAAAUAUGCAACAGAUAAAUACAAGGACAUCUACACUGAGCUGAGCAUCGUGCGGGCUAAAGCAGAUCGGGAUCUGGGACGCCUGCGGGAGCAGCUGCAGCUGGCCCAUAAUGCACUGGGGGAGCCAACGCUGGAGGACGUGGAUCGCGGAGGAUACGAUAUCAUGAAGUCCAAGAGCAACCCGGAUAUAUUAAAGAUGGCGGCAGCGGCGGCAAAACGCUCCGAGAGAACAAUGAGGUCAAAGUCAGUGAGUCGUGAUGUGCCCUGCGACAGCUAAAGCCGUAGUCUUAAAGAAGGCCUGACGGCGGAGCAGAGGCUUCACUUGUUCGACAACAAGGACACCAAGGACUUCUGACACUACAGACUCGCUGCAUGCUAAUAAAACAGCGUAUUUUAGCCCAGUAAUUAAUCACUUAGAGACACACACACACUCUUACACACACACACACACUGGUCACUGCUUCUAUUAAACAUGGUAUGAAGUUUGAGUUUUAUAGUCUGAGUUACUGUGACCUCCUUUGUUCUGAUGGCCAUGUCUUAAUGUAAAUACUUUAGUUUUUAAUGAACCGUGCGUACACUAAACAAGCUACUGUUUUAACUCGUUACGUUCUGGAGGAAGUGAUAAAUACACUACAGAAGAGCGCACAUUCCCUCCAGCUCUCUGUUGUCCAAUGGGAUUAUGCGUUCAUUAGUUUUGCAUUAUUAAUUAUGCUUGCGUUAUUAACUGCUGAAUGUGACCAAAUGACGACCGCACGGGUUCCAGCUGGUCUAGAAACACAUCUAUAUUAAAUAAGGAUGCAGAGCGCUCCACUCAAGUGGAUGGGAGUUUCUUUUGUUUCGUUUCUUCAAGCUGAUAAAUCCUGUAGUGUUGUUCAGUGGCAGUCCUUUGUAUUUAUUUAAAUGUUAUGAUUUCUUUUGUUUGUCUCACAUUUCCAGUCGUCUAUAUACAUUAUUGUAAAUAAACUGCAAAAAAUGUACACAAACUGACAACAAGGUUUAUUAGCAAUAAAUAUUUUUGCACCCUC